AUGUCUUGGUUGAAGCUAUGGCAGCCUGUAAAGAUAAACAGAAGCAGCAGGCCCAUUUUAGCCGAGGACGAACAUAAUUUGUAUAUUAGAGAUAACGUGGGCAUUUAUCAGGGCAAGCAAAAGAUCAUAGGCCACCAGGAUGGGAGAGUAUACCUUACAAAUAAGAGGAUCAUAUACUUUGACAAUGCUGACUCGGGUACCAAUAGUGCUGCGAUCGAAGCUAGUCAGUUGACUUCAGCAGAACUUGUGGACGGGUUCUUGAGAUCUUCUCCCAAGGUGAAACUAUAUCUAAAGACAGAAGAGGGUACCAGUAGUCUCGGCAACAAGAAUGCCCAGGUGAAGAAAAACGUGGAAUGGGUCUGCAAAAUUUGCUCAUUCAAUAAUGUUACUGAAACAAGUUUCAACUUGGAUGAAAAUGAGUUGCCAAAGUGCGUCGCGUGUGGGGUCAAGCCAGCUAGAGCUUAUUUACAGGGUAUAUUGGAAAAUGCCAAAAUCGAGAGCGCAACAUCUCAAUUUUCUAGUCUGCGGGGUUCCAGAUUAGCAUCUAAUUUUGUUGACUCUGGCUCAGACUCGCCGUCGCCGUCGCCGUCGCCGUCGCCGUCGCCGUCGCCGUCGCCGUCGGUAGCGAACCUGCUGUUGGAGCUGGCGGCGACCCACCAAACGCCACUUCGAAAUGGCCAGUGUCCGACUUGCACAUUCCAGAACCACAGAUCAUUAAAAUUCUGCGAGAUGUGCGGCGCCAAGCUCACCAAUGUGUCUUCAACAGGGGCCAUGAGCCGGACUUUUGCCGAGAUCUCGAACGAGACCAACCCCCUCAACUUGAAGCUCGAGUCUGGUUCAGAACAGUACACCAGCAGCCGCCCUUACAUCAAAGUGAGUUUUCGCAAAGGCGGAGAAGAAAAGUUUUACCGCGAAGUUGUCAAUGUAAUAGAUGAGAUCAAGUGGGAAAAGUUAAAGGCCAAGGGCGGCGUGAAUCAAAACUCCACCAAAGUUGAACCGCCAAAACCGACUUUGAAAAGGACGGGAGCUGGUAUUCUGGCUUUAGAGCAAAUUGGGGCACAACAACGAAAGAAUAACGAAAUCAUUUUAAGCUCAUCCUUGGACGAUUUGGAGCAGUUGAUGUUUAAGUUUCAAGAUUUGAUGAAACUCUCGUCGUCAUUCUCGAGUCUUGUCAAAAAGAACAAGACUAAGGCAAGUACAAAGAACAUCCCCUUGCUAAACAUUAGCAAAAACUCCAAGCUCUAUCACCAGGAGCUAAGCCGGCACAUUAGCGAGUACUUGACUAGCUUCAGAUUGAAAAACAACACGGCAAUGAUUACAUUGCCCGAUUUGUUUGCUGAAUAUAACAGGUACCUUGUGAAAUCUCAAGGCUUUGCUUGCCAGUUGAUUGAUGCCACCGACUUCCGCAAGCUGAUCAACCUUUUCCAAACGUUGGAUUUACCAGUGGUUCAAACAAAGUACGAGAGGUCUGACUUGGUGGUGAUACGGCCCAAAGUGCACACCACCGCUUAUGGAGAGUACAUUGUGUCCUUUUUGAAGGAGCAAGAGCACCGAUUCAAAGCGGCGAGCUUGAGAAGAGAGAUGAUUGAUGUUGAUGAUGGUAAUGUAGUGAGAGAUGAAAUUGUCCAUGAAAACGGAUGUUAUGGCUGUACCGUGUCUCACAUUUCCCAUGCAUUCAACUGGUCCUACGGUGUCACGAUGGAGGAGUUGGACAAGGCCGUUGGCAGAAGACAGAUUGUGAUUGACCAAAGCAUAGCUGGUACAUUCUACUACGUGAACAAGUUUUCCAUGUCGGAUGAAGAAUGGAAAAUUGAGGAGGAGGCCGAAACGGCCCUGAUUAAAAAAAGCAUCAUUGAGGAACAGAACGAGAUCACUCUCAAUUUGAAAAAAGAGUUUGAAAAAUUACGACAAAACGAGUUGGUUAAUCUCAGUGCCGACUACCAAUUUGGAAGAACUGUUGAGGUUGAAUCUGGAGAUGACGCGACCUCACAAGCGUCCGAAACUGUGCUGGCCACCAAUGGGAGUUCCUUGAAUGGACUCGAGGGUUUGAAGAUCAUAUAG